AUGCCGCUCUUCAGCUUGUCGCAUGUCCUCCUAACACCCCCCAAGACACCAAGGAACGUGUUUUUUCCCUGGCAAACAAUGGCAGUCCACCUGAGCGGUGCGUUCUUGGAAGCCCGUCGCUUGGCACUUCGUGUGCCUGUCAAUCUGACAAAGCCAGAGAUCAAGGCUUACUUGCAGUCUCUCUAUGGGGCGAAGGUCCUCAAAGUAAACACGCUCAUCAAAGUGCCCGAAAGGAGGAGAAAUCUCGAUGACAAGAGGCGAGAGGAUUUACGACUCCAUCCAACAAACCGCGAAGACACCGCGGUUACUCCUGAAGCCCCCGAUAUCCGACUGCCGUUUCGCCAUGAUGGAGUGUACAGCUGCACUUUUAAGCCGAGCGAAGUUCCCCGCCAGGCUUCCACGCGGGUGAGUUGGUGA